AUGAGGCGCUCCCAGGCCCCCAGCGGGCCCCCCGAGGGCAGCCCAGACAGUGUGGACCUGAGCCUGACCGGCCUGCCCCCACCCGUGUCCCGGCGCCCCAACAGCGCCUCGGCCACCAAGCCCUUCGCCCGCUCUGUCUCCGUGGCCACAGGCAGUCAGUCCAGGAGGAAGACACAGGAGGGCGUGGGGCCGGGCGGCUCACGCACCAUCAACAACCUCCGAAGAUCUAACAGCACCACUCAGGUCAGCCAGGCUUGGUCCGGAGCCCUCAGGACGGCAGAGCCCCCCGACUUCCUGGCACUCUUCGAGAGCAACAGCUUAGAGGGGAAGGGGCUGACCACGCUGGGCUCUGUCCCGAGCGAGCUGGGGGCCACGUGGCACAUCCUGGAUGACCAGCCCCGAGAGUUGGCCCUGCCACCCACUGUCGAGUCCUCCGGCGCCCUCAAUCCGUCGGCCAGCCUUCGGAGGAGAGAGUGCCCUGUGACCCUGGCACCCAGCUUCACGGCCAAUAACAGGAGCAACAAGGGUGCUGUGGGCAACUGCGUCACAGCCAUGGUGCACAACCACUGCCCGCCCGCAGAGAAGACGCCCCCACCCAAGAGUUCCAACCAGACGGCCCCCUGCCUCAACAACAUCAUCAAGGCAGCCACUGGCGAGGGUGCUGAGGGCAGCGGCUUCGGGAAGCCCCAGAAGAACAUCCCCAACAGCAACCAGGUGGCCCGGAAUAACACAGGGGGCCUACCCAGGAGGAAGGAGGUGACAGAGGAGGAGGCUGAGAGGUUCAUUCACCGGGUGAACCAGGCCGCCGUCACCAUCCAGCGCUGGUACCGCCAUCAGGUGCAGCGGCGCCACGCUGGAGCCGCCAGUCUGGACCUCCUGCUGGCGUCCAAGCGAGAGGUCAGCUCAGGGCCAGCUGGAGGGGGUGGUGUCCUGGAGCUGCAGCAGCAGAAGGCGGCAGCGAGGAGGAAAACCCGGGAGGAGAAGGCGCGCCAGGCCCGGCGGGCGGCCAUCCAGGAACUGCAGCAGAGACGCACCCAGAAGGCCGCUGAGGCCGAAGCCAGCCCACCAGAGGGGCCCCUCAGAGCGGGGAGACCAAGGCCUGAGAGGGAGCCAAGCCUCGCCCCCCGAACUCCUGCCUCUCAGGUGCUCAAGACCAACAAUGCAGGGCCCAGCACCUGCAUCGCACACCCUGAGCAGCGUGGCCAGCCAGCUUCCAGCUCAGCCCUAGAGCCCGCGUCCUCGCCUGGGGCCACCCCGCAGGUCUUGAAGCAGCUCUUCCCCUUUCUGGUUUCAGACACCCAGAAUAUGGCCAGUGAGGACCUGGAAAUGCAGCAUCCCACCAAGCCAAAGGUGACCCUGGAUGAGCUGCUGGACACACUGCGGCUGCUGGAGGCAGAGCCCGAGCCCCUGCCUCGGCCCCAGGCCUACCGCAAGGAGAAGUACGCCUGGAUGCACGAGGAGGACGCUGCCAGCUCGCUGACUGCAGACAACCUGGAGAAGCUGGGCCGGCUCAGCGCACGCCCGGAUGACGGCACGCUGCUCUCGGAGGCCAAGCUGUACAGCAUCCUGAGCUUCUUAGACGAGAUGGAGCCGUCGGCACGGGAGCAGCCGGCCAUGGGCCCCCAGCAGGAGGGGCUGAUGCUGGGGACGGAACUGGCCAGCCUGGAGCCACCAUCGGCAGGGACGACGGCACUGAUGAGACUGCAGCUGGAGGUGGAGGAGAAGAGGCGGGCCAUGGAGCUGCUGCAGCGGGCGCUGGCCCAGCAGCGGGCCCUCACAGCACGGAGGGUCAAGGAGGCGGAGAAGGAGCUGAACCGGCAGCUGCGGCAGCAGAAGGAGCACUAUGAGGCCACCAUCCAACGGCACCUGGCCUUCAUUGACCAGCUAAUUGAGGACAAGAAGGCCCUGGGGGAGAAAUGUGAGGCAGUGGUGGCUGAGCUGCGGCAGGGGGACCUCAGAUGGAAACAGCAGGCAGAACAGAUGCAGACGCAGCACGAGCGGGAACUGAGGAAGCUCAAGGAGCUGAUGAGUGCCACAGAGAAGGUCCGCCGUGAGAAGUGGGUCAACGAGAAGACCAAGAAGAUCAAGGAGAUCACGGUCAAGGGCCUGGAGCCCGAGAUCCAGAAGCUCAUCGCGCAGCACAAGCAAGAGGUGCGCAAACUCAAGAGCCUGCAUGAGGCGGAGCUGCUGCAGGCGGACGCCAGGGCCUCCCAGCGCAGCGAGCGCCAGGCCGAGGAGCUGCGGACGCGCCUGGAGCGCGAGAAGGAGGCGCUGGGGCAGCGGGAGCGCGAGCUGGCACGGCAGCGGUUUGAGCAGCACCUGGAGCAGGAGCAGAGGGCUCUGGAGCAGCAGCGCCGCCGGCUCUACAGCGAGGUGGCCGAGGAGAGGGAGCGGCUGGGCCAGCAGGCGGCCAGGCAGCGCUCGGAGCUGGAGGCGCUGAAGCAGCAGUUGGAGGAGAGCGGAGCCGCCGCAGGCCGAGCCUUGAGGGCUGAGUUUGAGAAGGCGGCAGCGGAGCAGGAGCGCAGGCACCAGGUGGAGCUGCAGGCCUUGAAGGACCAGCUGGAGGCAGAGCGGCAGAUAUGGGAAGCCAGUUAUGCCAGGAAGGAGGAAGCAUGGCUGCUGACCCGGGAACGAGAGUUGAAGGAGGAGAUCCGGAAAGGCCGGGACAAGGACAUCGAACUGGUCAUUCAGAGGCUGGAGGCCGACAUGACGCAGGCUCGGGAGGAGGGCGAAAGGGCCGCUGAGAGCCGAGUCCAGCGUCUCCAGGACAAGUUCCAGGCAGAGCUGCAGGAGCUGGAGCAGUCAGAGCGGAGGCUGCAGGCACGCUGUUCAGAGCUCAAGGGCCGCCUCGGGGAGGCCGAGGGGGAGGCCGGGCGGCUGCAGGGGCUGCUGCGGCAGAAGGAGCGUGCGCUGGAGGACGUCAGGACGGUGAACGAGCAGCUGACAGGUGAGCGGAGCAACCUGGCCCAGGUGAUCCGACAGGAGUUUGCUGACCGACAAGCCGCCUCAGAGGAGGAGAACCAGCAGCUAAAGGCCAAGCUGGAGCGAGUCAUGCAGGAGAAGCAGGAGGAGCUAGAGGAGGUGCACCGCAGGGUGAAGCUGGCCCUGGCCCGCAAGGAGGAGACGGUGAGCGCUCUGCGGAAGCAGCAUGAGGCCGCCGUGAAGCGGGCUGACCAUCUGGAGGAGCUGCUGGAGAAACACCGGCAGGCGGCCCUCACCGCUAAGUGA